UUAAAAUCAGUUUCAUAGAUGUACAUAUACGUAUUUACUGGCGCGCUUCUUUUGACGGUUGGCGGUUACCGCGGCAACCAGUAACUGACAGCUCCCCUUCUUCUGUUGCGGUUUGUGAAAGUGAAAGCUCUUCCUCCUCAUCGCUGGAGGCCAUCGAGUGUCAUAGGAAAUCCAUCGCUGUGCGUCACCUCUGCUGCCCAUAUCCUGGGGGACACAUCGCUCCCCUCUGCCUCCUUCUGCCAAUCCGACCCCGCCUGCGCGUCAGCAUGGAUCUGGCAGACUUGGAAGACAUGAGCGGCGGCUGUGAGGGCAAAAACUGCAGCUUGGCGUCCAGGCUCCGGGAGGACUGCAGAACCCAGGACUGCUACUGGGAGGAGCCCAUGUUUGGACUGAUUGAGUUAGUUUGCGUGACGAUGGUUUAUAUUCCACUGAUGCUAUUCGGCCUUCUGGGGAACGUCCUGACCAUACUGGUGGUGUGGCUUCGUCCGCACAUGAGGAGCUCGACGUACCUGUACCUGAGCAGCAUGGCCGUCAGCGACCUGCUGAUUCUCCUUCUGCUCCCUCUGGAUCUGUACAAGCUCUGGAGACCCAGACCGUGGCCCCUGGGAGACCUUGCCUGUAAGCUGACUAUGUUCCUCUCAGAGUGCUGCACCUUCAGCACCAUCCUCCACAUCACCUUCCUCUCCCUGGAGCGGUACCUGGCGGUGUGCUGGCCGAUCACAGCCAAGACCGUCGUGACGCGCCGCAGGACCAGGGUCAUCAUCGGCUGCCUGUGGCUGGGUGCGGCCGUCAGCGCGUCGCCCGUCUUGAUCAUGGUCGGAGUGGAGGACGUCGGGGGAGAGGAGUUUGGGCUCAACCAGUGGAGGGAGGAUGGGGGCCGAGAGGGAGAGCAGGGUGGGGUAAUGAUGAGCGGAGCGGAGAGAGGGGGCGCAGUCAUGGCUUUGCUGGAUGCACGGUUGGAGGAAGUAAAGUUGGCAGAAAAGGAGAAAGAAGAAAGGGGUGCAGACUUCACAGACUUUAUAUGGCUUGACGACAGAAACAGCAGAUCAAGAGAGGGAGCUGAAUGGAAACAAGGGGACAUUAAAGAUAAAACUGAAGAGGCCGAGGAGCCAAAUGAGGAGGAAAGGAAGAUGGAAUUUGAGAAAGAUCAGCAAAACAAAAAGAAAGAAGAUGAGGGGGGAGGAAGAGAGGAGAGAGCCGAUGCCAGCCGUGGCGGAGAGGUCGACAGGAGGGAGUGCCGCUGCACACACUACGCCAUCUCCUCGGGUCUCUUGUCCGCCAUGAUGAUUCUCUCCAACUUGUACUUCCUGGUGCCCCUUUGUAUCCUCGGCCUGGUGUACACCCUCAUUGGACGGACACUGUGGCUCCGCCCAAAGAGCAGCAGAAGAGACCAGAGUCACCGAAGCACAGUGAAGAUGUUAGGAGUGAUCGUCUUGGCAUUUGUGCUCUGCUGGCUUCCCUUCCACGUCGGCCGGACUAUAUUAUCCCUUUCUCUCGGCUCUGGCGUUGAGAGACAGGACGCCUACCUGAACGCAACCUCCCACGCCGACGCCAACACCGGCGCUCUCGAGAAAGUCAGGACGAAACGACAGUUUCACAACGGUACGACGUACGAAGUGCCAAACAGGACAGAGGUCACUGGAGGCCCCCAAAAGCGCCGCUGUCAAUCCGUUGCUUUACAACCUGAUGUCUGCCAGGUACAGACUGGCUGUUCACAGCCUCAUACACAAACACCCUCACACACACACUCACACUCACCGCCUGCGCACGCUCACGGCUCGCCACUCCACCACCACUUUGUAGGCUACCAGCAGAGCUGGCUCACAGAUUCAGGACUUAGGGCUGGAACGGACGAAGGGUUUUUUUAUGUCUUGAGAAACAUUUACGUGUCGAUUUGGCCGAAUGUUUUGAAGUAUUCUAAAAAAAAAAAAAAAAAAGGCCGGAUGACAAGUUUUCAGUGCUCUGAUACAGCAAUUCUCGACAAAUCCACAGGAAAUUAACCAAAGAAUUAGGAAUAAAUAUGUAUUUUUUUAAGUAUACAUCUCAGGACAACAAACUUGAAAUUGCAAAUUGGUCGACUCAAAGUGACACAGUGAGAGUGAAAAAGAAGAUCUUGAGUAAAAAAAAUCAUUAUUUCCCUUAAGGAUCAGUAAAGUGUUUUUGAAUUUGAUUUAAUUUUAUUUCAUUGAAUGAACCACAUUAAAGAAUAUUUUAAUCAAAAGUGAAAACACGUCAUGAGGUUAGAUGAUGAAUAAAAAGGAGGAAAACAGAACAAAACAAAUAUGGAAUGAUUCAUUUGAACGAUCUUUUCUGAGUUCAUCUCUACUGUUUUUAAGAGAUAUAUUUUAGCACAAAAAGGAAACAUUUAAUGCAAUUCACUGUCUGAUGACAAUGACCAGGAACUAAAUGGUUAUGCCUCUUAUUUAUACAGUGCAUAUAAAUAUCUGUGAUCUUGCAUAACUUUUAAGGUAUUUCCAUGUGCUCGUUUGUCGUUUGAUGCUUUGUGUUACAUCAUUGUUCGAUCGGUUCUGAUUAUAACCUGGUAGUUUUGUUGGACUGAAUGGACAGACUGCGGUUCUCAUCCUGUCCUGCAGGUUCUGGAAAAGAUUAAGCCAAGGUUAAGAGUAUAAAUACUUAAAUCUCUUUAAAAUGCCAAGGUUGUUUCAAUAUGCAUAUUUAGGUGGACUGUGUGUAAAUGCCAAAAAUAAAUAAAUAAAUAAAAAAUUGGAUUGCACAAGCACACUCGCACAUACUCACCUCACACAGACAAACGAGGCAGGGCUAUUUCACUGAUUCAUGGAGUUUGAUUCAGGUUGAUGUGUUUUAUGUGACAUGCGUCACAUUAUGGACGCCGAUGUGGCAGAUGCGGCUGCAAAUGGCUUUAUUUGAUGUUCAGUUAGAGUUUCAUGUCUUGUGUAAAGGACAUUUCCUCCGCUGCUGGCCCGACUGUCAGCAGGUGACGAUUGAGAAUGGAUUUCCUGAAGUUCAGCGGACGCACUGGCCUCAGGCCAAGAGGGACAAUUGAUUAGAUUGGAUCUGUAAUCCAGCCUAUUCCCUGCUAGGUGUUCAAGAUUUUUUCUUUUUUUUUUCUUCUUUUCUUU